AUGAUUUUUGUAUUCAAAUGCGGAUCGCUCCAACCAGUUUGGACGGUUCCUCCAGCACCCAAGGGAGUGUCCACUGAAUGGCAGGACGCGUAUCCUGCUGACGGCAGGAUUGGCCCAUCGCCCAUCGGUCAAGCUCCUUGCGAAUUCCAUCCAAAAUGGCCAAUGUCCAAUGUUCGCUUUUCGCUUUUAUUACGGCCAACUCUUUGUCUGCUCGCCUCGACAAAGGGGUCAAUUCAAAAGGGCAACAGUUGA